CGCCUCUUCAAAUCUCUCCGUAGUGGUUUCUUUAUUUAUUUAUUGUUCGUUAAGCUCUACACUCUCACAAUUUCUCUGUAAAACCCUACCUACAUUGUUUGUUCUUCAAUUUCAAUAGCCAGUGUUUACAUUUUGUACAUUCUAUAUAUAUAGAAAGAGAGAGAAUAUAGAGAGAGAGGAACCAACAGACCAGACCAUGCCCCCUCGAUCGGCAACUCGUAAGAAAUCGACAUGGAAAUCUAAACAAUCGGAGCUCGAAUUGAGUCUGGCCGACCAGAGCAACACAAUGCCGGAGUCGGAGAACAAAGGACAAGAAGCUCUAUCUGCUGCGGUGAAGGACGAAGGCGGCGAACAGGUGGCGCCGCUGGUGAUCGCCGGAGUGGAAAUCAAGCAAGAACUUGGGGUUUUAGACUCAAAUUAUGCAGACAGGGCUGUAAUGAGUACAGCAGUGAAAACGAAGGUUAAGGAGGAGGAGGAUGGAGAAAGAAUGGAGGGUGAUCAUGACAAGUUUGACAAUGCAGCUGAUGAAAAAGAAGUAAAGGGUGAACAGAAAGAAGGAAUACAUGUUGGUGUAGAGGACCCGAUGCUAGAGGAGGUAGACGUCGCGGUAGGGGAUAUUGCUGCAGACAUUGCUACGGAGGAGAUUUAUCCACCUGAGCCUGAGCCUGAGCCUGAGCCUGAGUUGCCAUCGUUGAGGGUGAGACCAUUUGACUCGGCUACUUACCGCCCACGCACUCAUGUGAUGGUCCCCGGUGGCAUGUUGAGAUUUGAUGAUUUCGAGCAGGGCGCGCCAGAGGACUUUCUCUUACGAGAGCGCACAUCGCAUCUCUCCCACGAUGCUUCUGAGGCUGAUGCUUAUGCCUGGAGAGGUUACGGAGCUGUGACAGCGAGGGAUUGGUAUCAGGAGCUCCCUGCUAGAGUCCGGGAGAUGGUAGAUGAGGCAGGCUUCGGCUUAUUUUGCUCCGGGCUCUCACGGCUACAGGCGAGCCGACCCUUACUUGGCGCCUUGGUGGAGAGGUGGUGGGACACCACCAACUCUUUCCACUUCUCCUCUACAGGGGAGAUGACGAUGACUCCCUAUGAUUUCUCGAUGAUCACAGGGCUACGAGUAGGGGGUGAUCCGAUCCCCUUUGAUCUAGACAUGGGCCAGUGGCGGGCCGCUUGGGUCUAUCUUCUUGGAGCACACCCUCCGUUGGCCAAGCCAUCUAUGGUGAGAUACAGUUGGUUCUACGACCACUUCCACGGGAGUCAGCCAGAGACUCAGGAGCAGGUGGAGCAGUAUACCCGGGGAUUUUUGAUCUACCUUCUCGGCACCACCUUGUUUGCGAACAGGUGGAACACUGUUGGUUUAUAUCUUCUUAGUGCUUUAGUGGUGUUGCCACGGGUUCGCGACUACGACUGGGGUGGUGCUGGCCUUGCCACCUUGUACAUUUAUAUGAGCUCCGGUUCCCGCAAGAAAGGGAACAUGGUUGGCGGCUACUGGAGAGCUUGGGAUCUUUGGGUCUAUGCUUACUUUCCCACUCUUGCCCCGGUUCCGAGAGAUGAGGUGGCAGCAGUUGUGCCUCACUCGAGGCUGUACGAUGGUAAGUGCUACCCUCGUCGCCGCAGCGUCACCACAUUUGCCUACUACCGCCGCUUUUUUGACAUAGUGACGGCCCGCGAGGUUACUUGGCAGCCGUGGGUAGUCAUGCCUGCCGGGACGAGGGAUGAUUAUGUUGGCUCUUGGAAUACCUCCCGGUUAAGGAUUCUGUUGGAGGGUCCUUUCUGCAGAACCUGGUAUUUAGGGGAGCGCUUUGUACGUCAGACUCUGGGCCUUGCUGACCCCAUUGUUCUUGCUCCUCCUCCUCUAUCUAUGAGGACCGCCGAUAGUCUUCCUGCCGAGGCUAUCGUGACAUUCAUGGUAGGGCAGGACGGUGAUCUGCACCGUGGAGAUGGGGAGUACACUGCAUUUAUCCGGACCCACCUUAUGCCGCCUCUGACCAGAGUUCGCACGGGUGGCGCUGCUGACGUACCCCCUGCUAGAGGUGCUAUUCCAAUGGCUGAGCCAGAGGUUGGAGGCGCUGCCCCUGCAGUUCAUGUGGCCGGUCUUCCUGCAAUCCCGACUGCGAUCACUUAUUGGCGGCCGAAUGGGACAGCCCACCAGAUUCCACUCGAGCAGCCAGAGGAGCGUGAGUAUGUUCGGGACCUUGAUGUCCAGCAGGUACCAGUUGGCUACGUGGAUGGCCUCCUCGAGCUAGUUGACUCCUUGGUCCACAUGGUACGGAGGAGAGAGGCAUUACUUGUUUACCACGGUCAUCAGCCUCUGUUUACACCAGUGGCACCUAUGGCACCACCUCCAGCUACGGGAAGGAGAGACAGGCGGGCACCCAUAUGUGGCGGGGGUGAGGGCAGAGGUAGAGGUAGGGACAGAGGCGCCCGGAGUCGGAGUUGGAGUAGAGAUAGCAAGUCCCGGGUGCAGGGGGCUUCCUUAUCCUCAGAGAGGACCUUGACUGACGAGGAUACUAAGACCAGGGAUACCAAGGAGAUUGCGAGUGAGCAUUCUGAGUCUGAGGACGGAGACGAUGAUUCUGGCUUAGAGUCACAUUCUUCUGGUGAUAGCGGUGCCGACUGUGAUAGUGAUCUUGAGUUCCGUCCUCCAAAGAGAACGAAGAGGGCUUCUUGACGCACCUGACUUGGCGGACACUGAUCUCUGAACUCCUCUUUUUCUUUUCUUUUGCUUUGUAGUACAGAACUUAUGUAGCUUUAGAUAGGUCUUUCACUUUUUUGCUUAUUGAAAACUUGUAUUUUCUUUUGUAAAAAACUAUGAUCGAGGUUGGACCCUGCAGUUUAUGAAAGAAAGAAACUGUUUUGCAUAGCAUCUUGAGAAUGACACAACACUUUGCACAAAAAAUAACUUAUUUAUGAAAUUGAAACUGAGAAUGAUCGUAUUUGAGUGAGUUCUUAAUCGGAUAUUGAGCUUACAAUUGACCAAAAUACAAAAAACGACUUAACAAAGGAGAAACGAAGACAUAAAACAAACAGGACAAACAUAAUACUGCUGCCAAAUUGUUUGGUCGGCACAGUUCGUCGGCCGGCAAUGAAAUGUACAACCAAUUGAUGAAAUGGCCGGCCGGCUAAGAAAUGCGAUUAGACAGCUAGCAACAACUGUUAGCCACUCACACACCCUUAUCCCCUAUAAAAGUCUCCUCUUGCUGCUUUUUAUGAUAGAACUUCACUUUUCUGAUAGUUUUCUCUAAAAAUGAAGAUUUUCCUUGUUGAUAGGCUCAAAGAUUGGAUGACCACUUUGGAUGGCACGGAAAAGGUGAAUUUCAACGGUUUUAGCAUAAACGCUCUUUUGUCCUUGAGCCACACUCCACUUUGUUUUUUGUUUCUCCACGUUGCUGCCCGCUGUUGGGACCUGUUUACUCAUGUAUUUUGCUUUAGAUCGCAAGAGAUGUGUCCUACUCUUGAGGAGUUUCAAGCGCUAAUGGAGUCUCGUCGUAAUGAAGAGAUUAUGCCUUAAUCCCUUUUUGGCCAUGUACGGGCUUUUGAACGGAUGUGUGGCCUCUCUUUCAAUGAGGCUAAAUCUUUGGCUCAUGAUGGAGAGUUGGACAUUCCUGGCUUGAUUCACCGUUUCGCUGAUAUUGGGAAUAGGCGUGAUCUUCUUUGGCAAGGUUGUCGCCAACACGCUCUUUGCAUAUGCUUGCUUGCCUAUUAUCUUCUUGCCCCUAGUGGCAGCGGAGUCAGUAUUCGAUUGAUCAAAGUGGCUCAACGCCUUAAGGAGGGCCGAAGCUAUCUAGGCUUGGCACUAGCUGAAACCUUAAUAGGUUUGGAUGCUUUCCACAGGCAAGAGACUUCUCGGUUUGCAGGGAGUCCACUGCUUCUCUAGGUAUUGUUUCCCACCCUUUCUCACUUUUGAUUUCUCACAUCAAUUUGACACUCAAUCUCUAUUUUCUCUCAAAAGCCCUUUCCUUACUUUUUUCCUUAACACAUAUCUCUCUAUUCUUUAAUCUCUCAUAUUAUUUUAUCUCUUUCCCGGUGUGGCUGAUGAAUGAGCUGAAAGUUGUUGCCCUGAGUACUCAGCUAGAUCCUACUUUCACUCAUAGCUAGUGAGCUUUCCCACAGAGGGGUUAUAGUGCGAUUGGAUGUGCAGCAGAUCCGCAACUGACAUCGCUUGGCGAUGCCCUUGGCUUAACUUAACUGAGAUGAGUUACAACAUGUCCUGCCAACUGGGUAUACAAUUGAUCGGCCUUACACACUGUGUUUUCUACUUCCCAUUCCGGUUCAGAUGCCAGUUCUGGUGUUAGUAGACUUGUCCAGAUGAGGGGGUUGGAUAUCCAUUACCAUUUCCAGUCCGUGCUUCACACUUGGCUCGAUAUCUUGCUACUUGGAGGAUGAGAGAGCUUUUGGCCCCUACUGCUAGCUUUAGUUGUGCCUUUUCUGGUGAGUGUUUGGCUUAGCUUGAGGAUGAGACACGGGUUGGGCCAUCCUUGUCGGCAGAAACUUCUGAGAGUGCGGGCAAGAGGCAGAUGACCACUACUUGACUUAAUUGUGCUCCUAGUUUAUUUCUUUGACUUUUCUUUUCAAGUUUUAUGAUGUAAAAACAACUUGGAUUUAACUUGAGGAUUUGAUGGUGCACUUGUUUUGAAAUUAUGUAAUUAAAGUUGCGAGUAUUGAAAAUUUUCCUUUUUGGUCCAAAGAAUGGUCUGUUUUGCAAAAAAAGUGAAAUUUUGAGAAAAUCAACCUCAUUAAAACCUUUCAAAACAAAUUUUUGCAAGCGGUCAUUACUUGACACAUAUGGAAUCAAUCCUCAAGACGUACAACCCCGAAUCAAGAGGAUCAUAACUGCCCACAAUUGCGUUCACCUUCACUAUUGUUUUGUCCCUUGCUUCAUCUUGCAAUUGGCCCUUCUGCCCAAUGGAGGUCAAACAAUCAAGCCAACAGAUGGUGAGAUGGACCGAUCAAACAAUGGAUAAGACAGUUGAGUUGAAAAUGAUUAGGGCCGAACUUCGAGAUGAAGUUGCCUACGUAUCCCGAAGAUGGGAAUCAGGCCUUACGUAGUUCUUGGUUAAGGUUCACUUAGGUGUCUCUCAUUUUGUGCUCUAGCUUUUGUCAAAGCCACCCUUUCGAGUUUUCAAUCUUGCGUGCUUUAUUUUCAUUUAUUUCCAAUUUUUCACACUAACUUUUGCCUAGGUCGCCUUUCGGGUUUUCGGCCUAGCGAGCCUCUCAAAGAUAGUACUUUUU